CCAGGCAGAGAUACAGCAUUACGAGUAAUUCGUCGGAGUGGUAUAAUACUUAGUUUUGUACGUGACGUAACUCCCAUGCCUCAUAAUGGAUGUAGACCACCUAGAAAGAACAUUCGUUUCGCUAUUUCACCUUUUAGAGAAGGUCAAGCCAAUACAGUGGGAAUAGCUAUGUGUAGAGCGUUACUUAAUGAAAUUGAAGGAGCUUCUAUUACAUACGCUAAAAUAAAAAAAGUAAAACAUGAAUAUUCAACAAUAAUAGGUUUACAAGAAUCUAUUCAUGAUAUAUUAAUUAAUUUGAAAGAAAUUUUUUUAAAAAGUGAAUCUUUUGAACCUCAAAAAGCAUAUAUUUCAGUUUUAGGACCUACAAAAAUAACUGCUCAAGAUAUUAAAGGACCUUCUUCAACUAUAAACAAAGAUAUUUUAUUAGAAAUUGAAUUAAAUAUUGAAAAAGAUCGUGGAUAUCGUAUUGAAAACUUACAGAAAUAUCAAGAAGCUUUAUUUCCAGUAUAUGCUGUUUUUAUGCCAAUACGAAAUAAAAAAAGAAAAAAAAUUGGAAUAGAAAAAAAAAAUGAAUCAAAUAUGUCGUAUUUUCCUUUUCAAUCUGUAUCAUUGGAUGUUGAAAAAAUGACUAAAGAUGUUGCUUUUAAACAUAUAUUUAUUGAUCAACUUGAAUUACCCGCCAGAGCAUAUAAUUGUCUUAAAAAAGUAAAUGUGCAAACAAUAGCAGAUUUAUUACAAUAUAGUGAAGAUGGUUUGAUUAAAAUUAAAAAUUUUGGAGAAAAAUCAGUAGAACAAGUUAAGAUAUUGGCCUCUAUUGGCCUACUUGACAUGCGAAAGUAUCAUACAUCAAAUUCUUAAACUCUGAAAGUUUUGAUAAUCCUUAAUCUUGAAUUCUCCA